UCUCUUAUCAUUGAUUUUCAUCUUUCCUUUUCUUGAGCUGUACAUCUAGAGAUUAGCUCUUUCAAUCUGUGUUCCACGCGUCAUGAGAGAAGAACCUGUCACGGGAUGCUCGUAUAGUUCGUGAUCGUCACCUUGUGUAUAUAAAUCCUGGCCAGGAUCAAAACUCGCCGACACCCUCAAGAAGGAUUCACUAGGAACCUCAGGGGAAAAAAAACAUGGGUUCAAAGACCAUGGCCACGUUCUUCGUCUUCAUGAUCCUCAUGCUGUUGCCCCUACCGCCCAUAUAUGCUUGUGGCUACUGCGCGCCGCCGUACCAUGGUCCGACAACCCCGACGGUCCCCCGCCGGCCCAGCCCUCACCCCCAUCCUGGCCCACCUCACCAUGGCGGCAGAGGUGGUGGUGGCGGGAGCAGAGGUGGAGGCGGCGGCAGUAGAGGGGGCGGUGGAGGGAGCGGGGGCGGAGGCGGCGGCAGUAGAGGUGGUGGCGGUGGUUAUACUCCGAGAGUGCCGACUCCACAUCCGCCCAUUGUUCUUCCACCAAUAGUCAAUCCACCUCCUAUCACUAACCCUCCCGGCCUCAUUCCUCCCAUUACUAACCCUCCCGGCGGCAUCCUUCCUCCAAUCACAAAUCCUCCCGGUGGCAUCAUUCCUCCAAUCUUAAAUCCACCAACACCGCCUUCUUCACCCUACCCUCCUUAUGGCGGUGGUCCUCCAGGUAGUGGCGGCAGAGGCGGAGGCGGAGGUGGCGGCGGCGGCGGCGUCCCGAGCCCUCCAACCACCCCCAAGACGUGCCCUAUAAACGCUCUCAAGUUAGGGCUUUGCUUGGACGUGCUGGGCGGGUUGGUCCACAUCGGGAUCGGGAACCCGGUGGAGAACGUGUGUUGCCCCGUUCUCCAAGGGCUGCUGGAGCUUGAGGCGGCGAUCUGCCUCUGCACCGCCAUCAGACUGAAGUUACUCAACCUCAACAUAUUCAUUCCUCUGGCUCUCCAAGUCCUAGCCACUUGUGGCAUAACCCCUCCUCCUGGUUUUGUAUGCCCUCCUCUUUAGGUAAAUUCAGUGCAUGUACUCCAGAUACUAAUCAAGUAGCGGUGCAGAAUUUAGGGCUUAGAAAGGGGGUGUUUGUUGUAGUGCUUUGUCGAAGUUUAGGGUCAUAAAUGCCGGCUGGCUCGCUAGUCCUAAUUCAUCUCUUUAGGGUUUGGGUAAAAUCUUCUAGUUCCUCCAUUUGCUUUUGAAGAUUGAGGGUACGUGUGCUCGGUUCACUUAUUUAUUUUGAUGUUUCCCUAGUGUAGUAAUAACUUCUAGUGGUGUGCUAAACAUUCUUGUUCGCACUUACUCAGGACCCAAGUACUUUUAUCGUCAUUUCAUUUUCUCUUUCCGUA